AUGAGCGCCCGGCGAGAAUCCCUGUCGGACUUUCGGCAGGCAAACCCGGAUCUGGCUCUCAGCGGGAACAUUAUUUCUGCCACCUUUAACAUCCCCCACCUGCUAAACUACCGCGCGGGUGGCAAUUGGGACCUCAAAGCCCGCCGCGGCCAAUCGGCGCUCUUCGACUCGUUCUCCUACCUCUCGUCGGAGAAGUCGCCCUGGAACCACACGGUCGUUGCGUGGACGGGCGAGAUCCAGCACUCGGUCGAGACGCUCUCACCGCCCGACACACCGCCGACGACGGCCAAUGUGGGCGCCAUCAACCCGCUCUCGGCACCGAUCUCGAUCGAUGGGUUCCGGCCAAUGAUGCCGCAGCAGUCGGACAGCGACGGGCUGUUCAUUCCGCGCGACGACAUGGUGCGCCUGGAGCAGCAGCUCUUUCACGACACGCGAAUCAAGACGGUCCCGGUGUGGUUGGCCGACGACGCCAGCCCAGAUGCGACGGAGGACGGGGUGCGGCUGAUCGAUCAGGCGCGGUGGCGACGGUAUGCCGAGCACGAGCUCUACGGGCUGUUCCACUACAAGCAGCACGCGCCAACGGACAGCCGCAAGGAGCGGGUGCACUGGGCAGACUUUUACCGCUUGAACCAGAAGUUUGCCAACCGGAUCGCAGAGAUCUACAAGCCAGGCGACAUUGUGGUCGUGCACGACUACUACCUGAUGCUGCUCCCGAGCAUGUUGCGCCAGCGGCUGCACGGCGUGUACGUGGCCUUCUUCCUGCACUCGCCCUUCCCCAGCAGCGAGUUCUUCCGCUGCCUGCCACGGCGCAAGGAGGUGCUGGAGGGUGUGCUGGGCGCGAAUCUGAUCGGCUUCCAGAGCUACGGGUUUGCGCGGCACUUUUCCAGCUGCUGCACGCGGCUGCUCGGGUUCGAGGCCACGGCCACGGGCGUCAGCGCAUACGGAUCACACGUGGCCUUUGACGUGUUCCCGAUCGGCAUUGACGUGGCCAAGGUCGAGCGGCUGGCGUGGGGCGAGGCGGUAAACCGCAAAUACCAGGCGCUGCGCACGCUGUACGCAGGCAAGAAGAUCAUCGUGGGGCGCGACCGGUUGGAUAGCAUCCGCGGCGUGGACAAGAAGCUGCUGGCGUUUGAGUGCUUUUUGGGCAAGUACCCAGAGUGGCGCGACCGGGUGGUGCUGAUCCAGGUGACGAGCCCGACGUCGAUUGUGGAAGAGGAGCGCGACAGCGAGGAGGCCAAGAUUGCGAGCCGGGUGAACGAGCUGGUCAUGUCGAUCAACGGGACGUACGGCUCGCUGGGCUUCUCGCCCGUGCAACACUACCCGCAGUACCUCAGCCAGGACGAGUACUUUGCGCUGCUGCGAGCCGGCGACAUUGGUCUGAUCACGUCGGUACGCGACGGUAUGAACACGACGAGCCUGGAGUACGUCAUCUGCCAGCGCGACAACCACGGGCCGCUGAUCAUCUCCGAGUUCAGCGGCACAGCCGGCAGUCUGCGUGAAGCCAUCCACAUCAACCCAUGGGAUUACACCGUCGUGGCGGACGCGAUUCACCGCGGCCUGACGCUGCCGCAGCAGGAUCUGGACCGGAUGCACGACAGCCUGUAUGAGCAUGUGACGACGAACAACGUGCAAAGCUGGGUGACGGGGCUGGUCGACCGCCUGGUGCACGUGUUGAGCGCGCGCAAGAAUGUGGAGGCGACUCCGCCGCUGGAUCGGGCGACGCUGCUGACGCGAUACCGCAGUGCACGGCGGCGACUGUUUAUGUUCGACUACGACGGCACGCUGACGCCGAUUGUGCGCGAGCCGAGUGCAGCGGUGCCGUCGGGGGCGAUUAUCACGGCACUGAAGGCACUGGCGGCCGAUCAUCGAAAUGCGGUCUGGAUCAUCAGCGGGCGCGACCAGGAGUUUCUGAGCAAACACCUGGGACAUAUUCCCGAGCUGGGCUUCAGCGCAGAACACGGCAGCUUCAUGCGGCAUCCAGGGCAGAUGGAGUGGGAGAAUCUGGCCGAGACGCUGGACAUGGGCUGGCAGAAGGACGUCGUUGCGACGUUUCAAAAGUACACGGACCGAGUUCCAGGCUCCUUCAUCGAACGGAAACGAUGUGCCCUCACGUGGCAUUACCGACUGGCCGAUCCGGAACAGGGCGCACACAUGGCGCGCGAGUGCCAGAAGGAGCUGGAUGCGACGGUGGUUCGAUCAUGGAAUGUGGACGUGAUGACGGGCAAGGCCAACCUGGAGGUGCGGCCGACGUUUAUCAACAAGGGCGAGAUUGUCAAGCGGCUGGUGGCUUCGUAUGGCGCCGACAUUCAGAGCGUCUGUGGAGGCGACGUGGAGACGGCUGAGUCAGCAGUGACCCCUGUUCCGGCAGCGACGCUGUCUCCGGCCAUGCCACAGCACGUCGCGGCGGCCAACAGCGUUAGCGCCAGCGAGCUCGAGUUUGUCCUCUGCAUGGGAGAUGACGCCACAGACGAGGACAUGUUCCGGGCGCUUAACGGGCUCUCGUCGCCGCACGAUGACGGCAGCCCGGCCGACGUGCUGUCGGACCAGCUCUUCACCGUCACCGUCGGCCCCAGCACCAAAGUUACAGUAGCUCACUGGCAUCUGCUGGAGCCCGAGGAUGUGAUCGAGACGGUGUCUCUGCUGGCCGGUACGGGUGACAAGCAGCCCGAGUUCAUGGACGAGGUGAAUUUGGCCGUGAUCAGUGCCGUGGAUGGUCACGUGCCAGAAUGA